AUGGAGGACCUCAGCCUGGAGUCGGCCAUCCGGCUCGGCCACUUUGGCGAGUUCGAGGUGGUGAUGGACCAGGAUCCGGACCUAGAGGCACCAGUAUUUCCUGGUCUUCCCCCGCCGCUGUGCUACGCGUUGGAGAACAACCGUCUCGACAUGGCCAGAGUCCUCCUGGACAGAGGGGCGAACGUCAAUCUAGACAAAGAGGCAAGAGCCAAUCUAGAUUUCGGGGGUUACGCGCCUGUUCUUGCCGCCGUCAGGACCAGGCAGGUUGAGCCCGUCCGGUGGCUCGCAGACAAGGGCGCCCAGCUGGACGUGAGCUAUCAAGGCAUCACGCCCUUGAGCCUCGCGAUAGGCACGUCCAGUGUUGAAAUUGUUCGUUUUCUGAUCGAGAGAGGGGCCGACGCCAACAAGCCCCUGCAUGCUGGAACUCUUCUCGGGGCGGCGGUGCAGAAGAAAAACCGAGAGAUUGUACAGCUUCUGUUGGACGCGGGGGCCAAGUUAGGAUAUGAUGGUGAGGAAGGUUCCGGGGGUCCUUCUAUCCUGGACAUGGCCGUCGAAAGCGGCAGUGUGGAAAUCGCGGAACUUCUUCUUGAACGGGGAGCAAUACGAGAUCUUGCAAGGCAGACGGCAGAGACGCCGCUUGUUGUUGCAGCUACUAGAGGCCGUCUCGAGAUGGCCAAGCUUCUUUGCCGUCAUGGCUGGAGCGUACAGGGCCUGGUAAACGAUGGUCUUACGCCUCUUAACACUGCCGCAGAUGCUGGUGAGGAUCGAGUCGUGGAGUGGCUCAUUUUAAAGGGGGCCAAGCUGGAUGCCACCACGAGGGGCAGAACGCCACUUCACAGAGCGGCCUUUAACGGCCAUGUUCGGACUAUGAGGCUCUUGGCCGAUGCAGGGGCCGAUAUUGGGCAACAAAGUGCCGACGGGUCGUAUCCUAUCCACGUUGCUGUGUUGUCUGGCAACUGGAAGGCUGUUAGGUUUCUGAUCAAGCGGGGAGCAGACAUCGAGGCAAAGGCGCAAGGGAGACGCAGCCCUCUUCAGUACGCCGCAGACGCUGACUGUUUUAAGGCUGCAAAGUGUCUGCUCGCGCACGGCGCGAGGAUAGAUGGCCCCGAGCUACAAGAUUACUCCCCGCUUGCCAUUGCUGCCAAGGGAGGACAUCUCCUCAUAACUCGGUUGCUCCUUUCCAAGGGAGCCGAUGCCCAUGUCCGUCGCGAGAAUGGCUGGACACCGCUGCAUCUAGCUGCCCAUGCCGGACAUGUAGAGGUCGCGUACGAGUUGCUUGAGCAUGGAGCAGACAUUGAAGCCACCGAUGACCAUGGGUCCACUCCCCUCCUCUUGGCAGCUAGAUACGGUCAGCUGGCUGUGCUAAACAUGCUACAGGAUCGUGGUGCGAAUCUCCAUGCUCGAGGAAAAGCAAACGAAACUUCGUUGCUCAUGGCCGCAAAGAGGGGGCGCCACCACCACAUAGUCAGGCGCCUCAUAACGAUGGGACUCGCUCCAAACAUAAACACUCCGAGGAACGAAGGUCUCACGCCGCUAUUAGCUGCUUCUAAAGCUGGAUUUUGGAAAACGGCCAAGGUCCUGCUUGAGUACGGCGCAGACAAGGAGGCGAGGGGUGGACUGCAUCAGGUUACACCACUCAUUGCUGCUGCACGUAGCGGGAGCAUUAAAACCGUCAAGCUACUGCUGGAUCACGGCGCAGAAAUCGACGUCACCGAUGAUGGCAACCUCACCCCUUUAAACACCGCCGUAGACUCGGGCUACUUCAAAAUGGCGGAGCUCCUAUUGCGAAGGGGGGCAAAUCCAGACACACCGGACAUCGGGGGCUGGACGCCGCUUUUUGCCGCCUCGGCCUCGGUUGGAGCAGACAGGCGACUUGUAGAAAAGCUUUACCGCCUUGUCCCGUUUCAGGCUCUCCCACUCGAUAAGAACAACCGAUCUCCGGUUUUCAUUGCCGCUCUUCGGGGACACCUAGAUAACCUGAAGCUCUUUCUCAAGAAGAACUUAGAUCUUGCCUUCAAGCCGGACAUACAUGGCUCGAUACCCCUCUCUGCUGCCAUCCGGCAUGGCCAUGCACAUGUCGUCAUGUACUUGCUCUCACUAAAGCAGGUGUCCCUUGAUGCUCCAGACCUGCACGGCAAAAGCCUACAAUACUGGCUGGAUCGGCAUGGAACGGAUGAAAUCAAGCUUUUAUUCAAAGCACUAAACCAAAUACAGGACAAGACUGGCUCUCCGGACCUCUUUAGGAGAGUCCUAAAGUUGUGGUUAGAGCGAAUUGGAGAAAAGGAUGUCAAAUCCUUUAUUCGCAGCAUAGACCCAUCCAUUCUACGUGAGGAAAAGGCCAAGAAAGAUGGCGACGUUCCAAAAGAGGUGCAGAGAGCCAAUGAUGGAUUUGUGUCAUGGUGUGACGUCUGCACCCUCAAUGUCUUGGACAAACAGCCGUAUUUUCUUUGUGAGAUUUGUGACAAUGGUAGAUUUGUGGUCUGUCCAGACUGUGUUUGCCAUGGGGUUAGAUGCUGGGACAAAUCCCAUGAGCUGACCUUCACUACCGACGAAGACUUAUCAGACAGUUGA